AAACAGGGUUUGCCGGCUUUCGGCAUGUCACAUGCUCAGUCUGGUCGGCAAAGCGCUCGGUGGGAUCGGCUCCACCGGCUUUCAAUUUCACAUGCAUCCACUAUGAAUCUGUCCUUGAACAGUAUUGAACUUGUACCGGUACCCUCUACAUCAAAUGGCUGAUCUCAAAGUUGCAGGAUUCAAGUCCUCUGAACUAAUUUCCUCACUCGGCGCCGUCUUUGAAUCCUUCUCGCCCGCAGAGAAGACUUCGCAAAUUAAAAAGAUAAAUGGUGUCUUCGAAAUCGUAGUCAAGAAACCUCAAGGCCCGUCACCAACCGCUCAGGAAGCUAUUUGGACAAUUGACCUGAAGAAGGCAGGUAAGGUGACCAAAGGGAAAGCACCAGCAGGGACCAAAGCCGAUGUAACCAUUACCAUGGACGACGAGACGUUUGUUGAUCUGGCGUCUGGAAAGGUAUGCAGUUCAUUUGAGUUCGGUCCACAUCAAUGUGGCGCUCAUGCCCAUCGCCCUUCGGUGCAGCUCAAUGGCCAAAAAGCAUUUAUGUCCGGCAAGCUAAAGACAAGGGGAAACAUCAUGCUUGCCACGAAAUUAGAUGGAGUGUUAAAGAUAUUAAGGAAGGAGGUUUAUAUCAUUCACAAGAUGCAGCUUGGCCCGUGCAUGCAGGCUCGUACUGUACAUACCUUCUUUGAUGUUAUGAGGCCUGCAAUUCGCGUGAAAAUAAACGCCCAGCGUGCGAAUGCUGAAAAUCGCGAAUGCGACUUUUUGCACCGCGAAGAGGAUCACCAUGUUUGCCACUUUGCGCCGCUGAAAUCCCCUCUUACACGAACCUCCGUGGAUGGUCUUUUCCAAACUUACAAGCCUGUAACCCCUGGUCUUCGUCACUUAAAGCGACCAUUGAAUCCUCAUCUGUAUGCUGGGCGCCCUGUUCGUCUUCUUACAUACCCAUUGCGCAAAUCUGGUGGCCGUAACAAUACUGGUCGGAUUACUGUCAGGCAUAGAGGUGGAGGUCAUAGGCAGCGGAUACGUAUCGUUGACUGGAAACGAGAAGAAGGUGGAAUAUGGGAUGUUGUCAGGAUAGAGUACGAUCCAGGGCGCAGUGCCCACCUGGCACUCAUCAAACGUCGGGGAACACCGGAAUCUGCAGAAGCUUCUCUAUCAGUGGACUCGCAAGGGAGACCUGGUUGGGCUUACAUUCUAGCCACGGAAGGAAUGCGUGCAGGUGACCACGUACAGAGCUUUCGUUCUGGAAUCCCGCCUGACCUCGUACCGGGGCUGAAUCUUGAACUUCCUUCUUCGAAAUCAAAAUCCCAGUCUGACUCGUCUGACAAUGAGGACGCAAAUACCUCAUCCUCUCUUGCACUUGGUAUUUUCCGUGCACUCACUCUCAAAUCCGGAAACGUUCUUCCGCUUUCGUUGAUUCCUCCCGGAACCGUCGUUCACAACAUUACUCUUACGCCGACUGGCCCUGCUCGACUAGUUCGCAGUGCCGGUACUUCAGCUCUCGUUGUUGCACACGAGACUGCCGAACAAUCACCUUCUCCCACCCCUACUCUCUACACCCAGGUCCGGCUUGCGUCUGGCGAAAUUCGUCGUAUCCUCCAAAGCGCUUUUGCCACGAUCGGUACUGUCUCCAAUCCCUUAUGGAAAAAUCGAUCCCUCGGGAAAGCCGGUCGCAGUCGUUGGCUUGGAUGGCGUCCUGCGGUUCGCGGUGUCGCGAUGAAUGCAAAGGAUCAUCCUCAUGGUGGUGGUAGAGGUAAGGGCAAGAGUAAUAAACAUCCUGUUAGUAUCUGGGGCUGGGGUACAAAAGGAACGAGGACAAGGAAGCCUGGACCGAAAGGCCCGAAGAACAGUAAUAAGUUGGUGGUGAAGGAGAGGCCGAGAGGUGUCGACAGAAGGAAAAUCUAG